AUGGUGAACACCGGCAUGCAGCUCAUCAGCUUCACCUGCGCCGUGACAGGCUGGAUCAUGGCCAUCGCAGUCACCGCUCUCCCUCAGUGGAAGGUUUCAGCCUUUAUCGGCAGCAACAUCCUCACCUCAGAGAUCAAGUGGGAGGGCAUCUGGAUGAACUGUAUCUACCAGACGACAGGCCACAUGCAAUGCAAAACAUACGACUCCAUGUUGGCCCUGCCUCCGGACAUCCAGGCCGCCCGCGCCCUCAUGUGCGUCGCCAUCUUCAUGGGCUGGCUCUCCUGUACCGUGUCCUGCUGCGGCAUGAAAUGCACCACCUGCGCCGGGGAUGACCGCCGAGCCAAGGCUGGGAUCGCACUCGCAGGGGGGGUUCUCUUUAUCCUGACCGGCCUCUGCGUGCUUAUUCCCGUUUCCUGGACCGCUAACACUGUCGUUCAGGAUUUCUACAACCCAAACGUGCCCCUGAUGCACAAACGGGAGCUGGGUCAGGCCAUUUACCUGGGCUGGGCGGCUGCAGUCAUUCUAAUGAUCAGUGGGGCCGUGCUGAGCAGCACCUGCCCUCUCAUGGAGAGAGGGGGCAGGUACCGCAGGGGCUACAUCGGCCGGAGCUUUGCAAAUUCACCUGCACCAGAUCCCCCAAAACCCAUCACAUCCAACAGUCUGCCACUGAAGGAGUACGUAUGA